AUGUUACGUGUUAUAGUGUUCCAUAUUACCUUACUCACUUGUACACUUCAAGCUGCAAAACAACCAACACUUCGAAAUAAACUAAUCAAAAUCGAGAAAAUUAUUCCUGACUAUAAAAUAAAGGCAAGUACAUACGCCAAUGAAGUGAAAACUAUGACACAACAACUAGUACAAAUGACAGAUACAAUCAAUCGGAAACUGGCAUUUGAAAAUAAAACAAUUAACGAAUAUGUUGCCUGUGAAAAAGAUGAAUUUGCAUCUAUUAUUAAAAGAUAUGCUUAUGAAGAUAUUGUCAACUUCUUAAAAGCUGAGAAGAUGUCAUACCAGUCAUUUGUCAGUAAUUACUCAAGUAUCAUAGAAUGCUUUGAAAAUCAAGCACGAAUCACCAGAGAUUUGCAUGAACCAUACAACUUGAUGAAACGGAUGUCUACGAAAGUAGAAUGGCUUAACAUUUAUACAUGUCUUAAACAAAUUAAAAAAUUAUUUCCUCUCCACAGUGGUUUAUUCAGAAUCAUCGUGCAGAAUGCUUUGAGACGUGUGUAA